AUGAAUAUUCUACCAAAGUAAUAUAGCGAUUUUCAAACAAAAACAUAUUGGGACUAAUUCUUUUAAAAACUAAAAGAAUAAAAAGACGAAAGCAAUCAAUUUUUUGAAUGGUAUGGAAACUUCAAAGAAUAUGAUUCUGUUUUAAAUUAAUUUUUAGACAAAAAUUAAAAAAUACUAAAUAUAGGAUGCGGUAAUUCCUUAUUUUCAGAAGAAAUGUAUGAUUCAGGUUUUAAAAAUAUCAUAAAUAAUGAUUUUUCAGAAAACAUUAUUAAUGAAAUGUCUCAAAGAAGCUUAAAUAUUAGACCAUUUAUGAAAUAUGAAGUAAUGGAUGUUUACAAUAUGACCUAUUAGCCUGAAUCUUUUGAUAUAAUUAUUGACAAAGGACUCCUCGAUGCAAUAUAUCCAGUCGAAAAUGAGGAAAAUAAUCAAAAAAUAACAAAUUUAUUUAAUGAUUUUUGCAAAAUAUUAACAAAUAAAGAGUAUUAAUCUAGAUAUAUAUGUAUAAGUUUACUCCAAAGUCAUGUUUUAAAUAUUCUUUUGGAAUUUUUUCAACCAAGAAAUUAUUAAAUAACUAUAUAUGAAAUUCUAAUUGAAAAUUCUAAGAUUUUUCCAUUUAUGGUUGAUAUAUAAAAAUCGAAAAAUAAAAAUAAUAAAAUUGAAUUGCAAUUGAGAAAUAAAAUAAAAUAAUAAUUUUAGGUUAAAGACUUAAAAUUUUAAAUUAGAAAAAUAUAAACAUAAAAUAGAUAUAUAGAUUAAGUUAAUGUGUUUCAUCCUGGAUAGAGAUUUUAGAUUGAAAUUUGGGAUAAUAAAAAUAAUAAAAAUUCUGAAAUUCCGAAAUAUACACUUACUGUAGUUGAUUCUUUGAAUAAAAAAAUUCUAGAUAAUAAAACAUGUGGAUGUUUCAUUACACCAUAAGGAAAAGAAUAAGAUUUCUUGUUUAGUAGUGAAAAAGGAAAUUUUUAACUUUUAGAAUAAGUAGGAUUUUCUAGAUUAAUAAUUGCAAUUUUAAAUCCUGGAUUUUCUUUUGGAAAUUUAUAGGCAGUUUAAGGCGAAUUAUCUCCAGCUGUAGAUAAUUUAACACCAAAAGGUUGCAAAAACAAGCCUGUACCAUUUUUAACUGAUGGAGAUUAAAUAGGAAAAAGAAAUGCUCUUUUAGAAAAUAAUGAAUUUAUUAUAGAUGAAAUAAUGAAUGAAAAUAAUAAAUGUAUUCGUAGAUUAAUAUUUAAAAAUAAUAUAUAAUAAAUAUAAUCUUAAUUUUAAAUUAUAUAUUUCUCAAAUAAAAAUAAACCUCAAUUAGUAGAAAUAAAUAAAUAGUUUUAAAGUAUUUUACCUCCAAAAAAAAAUGUUUUAGUAGGAAUAGAUGAUACUCAUUUAGAAUUUGAGAGUCAUAAGUAAAAAAAAAACUAUAUGUAUUAAUAUAUUUAUUUUUUUAAUUUAUUUAGAGCUAUUUUUGCUGGGUUUUCAUUAUUUAAUUUUGAUUAACUUUUUUAAAAAGAAUUUAAUAUUCUAGUCAUUGGUUGUGGUUUAUGUGCUUUAAGUAAAUUCAUUUAUAAUUAUCUUCAACAUGUAAAAUUGAUUAAUAUUGAUAUAUCUAAAAAUGUAAUUGAAACAGCAAAAAACUUCUUUGAAGUUCCUGUUAAAGAUCCUAGAUUUAAAUUAAUUAUAGACAAUGGAGUUUAAUAUGUAAAAAGUUUACCUGUAUAAGAAGAUUUCUAAUAAUAGGAAUAAUAAAAAUAAAACUAACCGAAAAGCUUUAAAUAAUUUAAUACUAUUAUUAUUGAUGUAUUUGGAUUUGAAAACUAACCUUCUCCACCUGAAGGAUUUUAAAGUGUUUAAUUUUUGGAAAAAGCUAAAAAACUACUCCAUAAAGAAUAAGGGAUUCUUAUGAUAAAUUUUAUUGGGAUUUUUGAAAAUUAGGCAGAUUAAUUUAUUUAGUAAAAUUUAGUAAAUAUUUUUGAAGGCGUUUAUAGCUUUAAAUCUGUAUGUUAAUUAAGUGAAUAUAAUUAUGUUAUUUUUUGUGUUAAUGGGACAAAGAAUUUAUAAUAGAAAACUUUAGAAGAAAACUUUAAAAAGAUUUUGGCAAGAAUAGACAAAAAUUCUGAUUGUCUUAAAGAUUGUUUAAGUAUAUGUUAGAAUAUUUAAUAAAAACAUUAUAGUGAUAACGUUUAGAAAUAAUAAUAAUUAUAAUAAUGA